ACAGUGAGCACAGGGACAGGGAGCCUGAGCUGCUAAAUGCUCCAGCCUCAAAGGGACGAUGGUGGAGGGCUGGUAAAGAUGGCGCUCUCCGAGGAUGGGAGAUACGGAUUAAAUUGUGGCCCAGAGAGCGCAGAUAGAGUCACUGUAUUGCACGUUAAGUUGACCGAGACAGCACUGAGAGCCAUAGAGAGCCACCAAAACUGUAUGAAUGUAUCUUCUUCGCGGCCAACGAUACAAUUCAAGGGACUCCAAGGGCGCAUCAAAAUUCCCAAGACUGAUUCCUCCUCUAACGCCUUCCACAAUUUUGAUUUUUACCUGUCUAAUGUGGGCAAAGAUAACCCUCAGGGAAGCUUUGAGUGCAUCCAUCAGUAUGUGUCGAGCUCAGGGGCCUCACACCUGGCAUUGUUGGCGACGGUACAGGACAAGGUCACCGUGUGCGCCACUAAUGACUCCUACCAGGUGACCCGAGAGCGCAUGGCCCAGGCUGUGGAAGACACACGUGAACGUGGGACCAAAGUCAUCAAGCCUGGGGGCCAGUACAGAGGAAAGCAGGUGCAUAUCCGUAAGCCAGCGCUAUCAGCCCCUGAGGUUGUCCCGGAGCGCAAACGCUCCACACCCAUCAACCCAGCCAACACGAUUCGUAAGUGCCUUUCCAAUAACCCUGUAUCCCAGCGGCCUUUCCGGGACCGCAUCAUUCACCUGCUGGCGCUGAGGUCCUACAAGAAGCUUGAAGUGCUUGCCCGUUUGCAGCGGGAUGGGAUCAACCAAAAGGACAGGAACUCUCUGGGGACCACCCUGCAACAGGUGGCAAACUUAAACCCCAAAGACAACACAUACUCGUUGAAGGAGUUUAUAUUUCGUGACGUCCAGAGAGACUGGCCUGGCUACUCUGAGGAUGAGAAGACUCAAGUUGAUCGGAUCCUGGCUCGCAAAUUAGGUCUUUCUACUGAGACCCCCUCGUCAAGCAGUUCUCCCAAAGACAGUGUCCCCACAUCCCCCCAGAAGCGUCCGCCAGACUUCGAUUUCAUUGACCCUUUGGCGCCCAAGAAAGCCCGCAUCUCCCACCUCAGUAAUCGAGGGUCAGCAGCAUCGUCAUCCUCCUCCUCCUCCUCAGAGCGCCGGGAGGACGAGGGCAGCCCCAACUCUAAACGCUCGUCCCUCCCCUCCAACAUCACCUCAGGCCCUCCCACCCAUCUCCCCAUUUCGUCCCACCCGCCUGCCCCCUCUCACCAGCAGCCCAGCCCAGCCUCCCACUCCAACUCACCCAGCACCCCGGAGGGCUGUGGCACCCAGGACCUGCCUAUGGACCAGAGUUCCUCCUGCAGAGAUCCCUCACCCAGCCCUUUCUCCUCUGACAGGACCCUGCAGGACCGCUAUCGUCACCCUGUCCCAGUACCUGCCCCCACCCCCACCCCCAGCCCCCCUCCUCUUCCUUCUUGCACAUCACUCACAGUUACCUCCACUGUCAUCAGCAGCCCUCCCUCGUCCAGCAGCACCAACAAGAAGUUUAAGAAAAAAUCCAAGAAGCACAAAGAGAAGGAUCGAGAGAGGGAGAAAGGGAAACGGAUUGAAAGAGACAGAAGUCCUCCCAGUGAAGAGACUCGUAAAUCAAAAAAGAGACGCAAUGCUGAGGAUGAGAGCAGAGAGGAUAUUGACAAGAAUCCUCACAAAGAUCAAGAUUCUUCAGAAAAAGAAAAGCCAGUCCAAUCCACUGAAUUCUCCUCCAAAGUUGAGAUGCCAGACUAUGUAGUGAAGUACAUGCCAUUGGUGUCCAUGGACCAGAGACAAAGCUACAAGGAUGACUUCAACGCAGAGUACGAUGAGUAUCGCCUACUACACGCCCGCGUGGAGAACAUCAACCGCCGCUUCACCCAGCUGGAUGCCCAGUGCAGGAAGCUGGCCCCUGGCACCAAAGAAUACCAGAAGGUGCAAGAAGAAGUGUUGAAAGAGUACAAAAAGAUGAAACAACACAGCCCAAACUACCACGAUGAGAAACAACGCUGCGAGUACCUGCACAACAAGCUGGCCCACAUCAAGCGGCUAAUAGCUGAUUAUGACCAGCGCAGAGCCCAGGCCUGGUGCUGAGAGCACAGCAUACCAUGUCCUCACUGAUCAGUAUUGAGAGCAGAAUGUCGAACCAGGAGGGGGAUUCAACUGGCUGUUAUUAAACUCCCCUUCAGUUACUGCCUCCCCUCACACACCUCUCUUCCUUCCCUAAUCCCCUUAUCCGUCUUCAUUCCUUCCUUCUUUUCCAAUCUUGGAAUUCCACUGGCUUCAUUGUUGCCUGCAAUUGUGAAAUCUCACUUUGACUUCUUCUUUACCCCCAUCUUUUUGCUUUCUUUUUUUUUUUUUAUUAUUAUUAUUUCUCGAGGAGCUCCUGUGGAGUUUAAUACCACUGGACCAGUGGGAGGAGCUGCCUGCAUGUGUGAAGGGGUUUUGAGGAAACACUUCGACUCUUCUUCUUCUUACUUUUUGAAGGACUUUAUCUUCAGGCAAAAAAAAAAGAACAAAAAAAGUAUUUUUGAGUAUCAGAGAAAAUAUUAACAUGUAUUUAAGUCAAAAAGAGGGAGAACUAUUUAUUUUGGGACUCGUAGUGCAAAAAGAAGAGUCCGCAGAUGAUAUAUUGUUUAACUUUUGAAAACAAUGCAAAAAAAAAAUGACCGCGGGCCUUAUGUGUUUGACUUUGUGAAGCCAUUUUGCACGCCAGAUCAAUUCUGUCAUCUCUCCUGUCAUCUCUGAUGUCUCUCCUGCCUCAUUUCCUCUCUCUCCGUGAUAACUGUUAUGAGUGACCUUGCUGCAGCAUGUUGCACUUGUUUCUGUUUGGAGAGGUAGGAAAUGGGACAGGCCAGAGAAAUCACUUGAGCUGAGUAAGAAGCAACCACAGUUUGUGUGCAUGGAUUGUAAAUUUAGUUGUAAUGGCGACAUGAAGUUGAGAGUGGGAUUGACUAAUGGAGUAUGAGCCCCCAUCAGAGGGGGGCAGUAUUCCCUGCACCAUCAGUGUUUUUGCGUUCACAUUGCAUUAUGGGUGCCUUAAGGUGUUUACACUCAGACAUGCUGAGUCAGGCUGACCUUUAGGGUCCACAGGCAACACAAAGGAACUAUAACUGCCUGGAAACAGGUUGUGUGUGUAUGUUUGUGUGUUUGUCAGAGUGGUGGAGCGAGGAAGGAGUGUUACAAAUUGUGUGCGUGUAUCUGUCUGUAUGGCUGUGCAUUAUGUGGAGUGAGAGAUAAAAGAGAAAAAUAAUAGCAAUGUGGAGAAAAAAGUGAGAAAUAAGAAAAAAAAAAAAAAAAAAGCUGCUAUAGUGUUUAACCAGCCGGAGCACUCAGGAUCAACCCGGCUGGAGUAACAGAACCUGAUCUUAAUCGAAGAGAAAAAGAAGCUCCUUAUUUUCUAAGACCCUGGAAAGGACUGAGACGUCUGCUUCUUCAGCUUUAUCCAGCGGCAAACAUGUUAUAUUUUUGUUUGAGAAAGAAGCCAAAACAUGCCACCCUCCAGAGGACAGAUCUGUAUGAAGAUGUCCCAUGUAUUUGAUCCUCAGUUUGAUUUCUGCAGAGUAGUGAAAGUUUUUUUUUUUUCUAACAUGGAUACCAAUUUUAGUUCACUGGAUGGAUCGAAAGCUUCUUUGAAAGUCUUUAUUUCAGCAAGGGAAAACUGUUUACAAACCUGUGUUAGAAUGUUUGCCAAAAAUUAAAAACUUUUCUGGUACUGCACCCAUGGAGCAAAAUUUCUGAUAAAGGGCUUUUACUGACAUACAGUAUGAGUUUCAGCAACUUAAACCUCUUUAAAACCCUUUGGGAUGAACAUUGGAACUGAUACACUAAGCUCAUCAGAAGAUCCACAGUGGAGACAUGUUGACUUUGAACUUCCAAAGUGGGAAACCCCUCCUGAUACAUGUUCAGCAAGUGUGGACAAAAUGCCCUGCUGAAAUAAAGUGUCCCAUUCUCUUUUCCAUUUAUGUUGGUUUUGGCAUUCAGUCGAAUAGUCGGUCUCUGCAGCAGACUGGCUGUUCUGUCGGCUUGUCAGAAUCAUUUAAACAUUUCCACAAACUCAAUUUACUUGCAUGUGAUGACUCAAGUUAUUUUGGACAGAAAAUCAACACUUGUUACUUGGAUGUGUCACAUUUGCAGUUAAAAAUGUUCAUUAGAGAUGAGGCUCUCUUUAAGAUCUAUGUUGAAUAUGGCUGUGGGUUACAGGGCCAGUGUUUUGGUUUAUUGUUCCUGUUUUCCCUUGCAGUAGUCAUUUCCCAGAAUUAGAAUGAAAGAAAUAGAGCCCUAAAGCCACUUCCAAUUUUGAAGCCAAGGCUUCCUGUGCAGCUGUCAAGAUGUCAUCACUGCUGUUGUCCUCUUUACAGUCUUCAUGAACACAGAUUAACCUAAAUCAGGUCUGAUUAUCGAGAACUUGUGAUAAGAGGGAGGGGAGGAAUUUGAUCAAGAGUCUUAAUGAGGAAGUGACCAUUAAAAAUGCCCUGGCAGUGUUUGGAUGUGAGAUACCACUGAAAAUCAAGUGUGAAAUCUAAUCCUGCCCACAUGAAAAUGUACAAAACAUUUCAAUAAAAACGAAAUAGUUUUACCUGG